GUGUGAUCGUGUCCGGGCGGAGGCAGGACAGUCUGAGCUGACGGAGGAGGAGGAGGAGGACUCUGUUCAACACUCAGACUGGGAACACAGCGGUUCAUCUGUUAAUCUGUUAAAGAGUAACGAUGGAAUCUCACAGACUGAACGGCUCUCCAGACAUCAGGAUACAGAGGAGCCACAAGCAGAAACACAGUCCCAGAGGCAGCCAGGACAACUUGUUUGGAGUUAGGGUGCAAAUCCAAGGGAUUAAAGGUCAGCCCUGUGUGGUUCUGAACAGUUCUGGCCAGGAGAGCCACCGGGACAUCUCUGUCAUCACUCACCAGGCAGGGUACAAUCCAGGCAUGGUGAGGAGGUCGGUGGAUGAAAGACACUCUCCAUCAGAGUCACAGAGGACUACAGCCUCCUCCGUGUUUCAUUAUCAGAAACACCCAGAGAUUCUUAGACCUUACGACCCUGAAAGUAAUAACCUGAACUUAGUCAUUCCUUCAACAGCUUCAGUCACUCGACCCGGACAGCUAAACACCGGCUUUCUUCCUGAGACAACCCAGAUUGUUAAUGUGAACAAACCCAGGAUCCCUCUGCCCGCUGAGGGCCCAGGGGAAGACCAGAGUGAGGUGACCCAGAAAAAGGCACCUCCCUCAGGUCGACAACUCCCUUCAAGGUCCCCAAACUCUGUGGAGACCGACUCCAUCUUAUCUGUAGGGAAGCUAAUAAGCCAGUUUAACAGUAGCCAGCGCAGGGGAAGGGGAGGCCCAAGGAACAGGUUGGACCCAGAGCAGUGUCGACGGUCACGCAGCGUGGACAGCGGCCGAACCUCAGACUGCUCGUCCUCCUCCUCUUCCUCCAGCAGAGCCUCGUCUCUGAAGGGCAUCAGAGGCGAGAGCCCAGGUGGGAUAUAUCCUCCUGGGUCAGCCAGGGCUCAACUCCUCAGCGGAGAAACCUCUUUGGCAAGCAGGAGGGAGGAGAACAAGCCCAGCACACUGCUUAAAGGACAUAAUGGAAAAGAGACGAUAUCUCCACAGGCUGCAAAAUUACCUCAUAGAGCAGAGAAACCAUCUAUCUCCAGAUCGUGCAGUGACCAGACUGAUGACUCUGAUGAAAGAGAUACACAGGUCACUCCUGAUCUUCUGAAAGGACAGCAAGAAGUAGACCCAACUGAAGACACAGCAAAACAAAUACUGUUCACUUACCUCAAGGAUGGGGCGACUGAUGAUGACUCCACCACCGAGAGGAAAGUCACGCUGCUGCUUGAAAGGGUCAAGUGGAAGACUGCUGAGAAUGUGGAGGAGGAGAAAGAUUAUGCAGCUGAGGUGAAGCUUUUGCAGGAGAAACAGGAAGCACUGGAAGAAGAAGUGUCUGAAUUAAAGCAAAAACUGGAAACCAAGAUUAAGAAUGAAAAGACUCUAGCCAAGGCUUGUGAAAAGGCCAGAACAGAGAAGAAGAAACUUCAGGAAGAGUUGGCCAAAAAUCAGGAAGAGCUCUGCGAACUCAGGGACAAACUGACUGACAUUGAGGCUGAACUUCAGUCUACCAAACAGGAGCUGACUCAGAUGAAGGCAGAGAGAGGGAGAUCUAAGACGGAGAUGAAAGACCUUCAGCAGCAGCUCUCUGAGAUGCACGAUGAACUGGACCAAGCCAAGAAGGUAGAGGUGAUAAACACAGAGAAAGAAGUCCUUCUGAAGGAUAUGGCGCAGCUGCGUGUGGAAUGUCAGGAGAUGCUACAAGUGAAGGAGGAGCAGGAAGAGGUUCUGCACCGCAGGGAGAGGGAGCUCAGUGCCCUGAAGGGGGCGCUCAAAGAGGAGGUGGAGACUCAUGAUAACUACAUGGCCGCUCUGAAGGAUGAAUAUGAAAAUGAGCUGGAAAAGCUGCUCAGGGAUUUAGAACUGGCUAAAGAGAGCAAUGCUCUGCUGGGUCAAGAGAAGGUGGAAGCAGAGGAGGAGAGAGGUGCAGCUAAGGUGCAGUUGAAGGAGCUGAGCCAGGAGAGAGAUCAGCUGAGAGGAAAGGUGCAGGAGCAGAACAACAAGGUGGAUCAGCUGAGUAAGGCAAUCCAGGAGUAUAAAAUCACAGAGAGACUGCUGGAGCAGAGAGCAAAGCAGCUGGAGAGGGAAAAGCAGCAGGUUGAGGAAGCACUGAAAGAUGUGAGGAGGAAAGAGGAAGAGAUGUGUCAGUCUAACCAGUUGCUGCUCACUCGCUUGGAGGACGUGCAGGGCAAGUUGACCAAGCUAAAUCAUGAGCACAAGGACCUGAAGGAGAAGCUCAAGGAGGAGAGGAAGCAAAUAGAGGAGCUGUGGAAGACAAAAACUGAACUGGAGGAUGAGAGGAGGCUGCAGGACAGGGCUGUGGAGCAACUGCAGAGGAAGAUGAAUAGCAUCAUGGAGGAGUGCGAGGCCUCUACAGAUGUACUUCAGAACCAGGUCGAUGAGGCCAGAGAGAAGAGUCAGAGGGAGUUGGAUGAGCUGAGGAGACAGCUGCAGGAAAAGGGAGCAGAGCUGGAGAAAUCCCGACAGGCAGCCAAAAAACUGCAGGAAGAGCUGCUUCCUCUGGAGGAAGAUCUGCGGCGGUGUCGCAGGGAGCAGCAGGAGGCCCAGCUCAGGGGCCAGCAGCUGGAGCAGAGGGUGGAGGAGCUGGAGGAGAGGAACGCAGCCACGGUGGGAGAGCGAGAGCGGCAGGUCAAACUCAUGGAGGGACGUGUCAGUCAACUAGAAGAAGAUCUUAAUGAUGAGCGCAGCAGUGCUGACCGCCUGAUGGAACGAUUAGACAAAACCAAAGAGCAGAUGGAUCAAAUGAGGAAUGAGUUGAUGCAGGAGAGAGCAGUCAGGCAGGACCUGGAGUGUGACAAGAUAAGCCUGGAGAGACAGAAUAAAGACCUGAGGACCAGAGUGACUCAUCUGGAAGGAUCACAGAAGACCAACCAGGAUUCACUUGUCUCCAAGCUUAACAGCCGCAUCCAGGAACUUGAGGAAAGGCUGCAAGGAGAAGAGAGAGACAACAACAACCUGCAACAAGCGAACCGCAAGCUGGAGCGCAAGGUGAAGGAGAUGAAGAUGCAGGCCGACGAGGAACACAUCAACCUGCAGAGCCAGAGAGACCAGCUGACUCAGAGACUGAAGACGGCGAAGAGGCAGAUGGACGAGGCGGAGGAGGAGAUCGAGCGUCUGGAACAUGCUAAAAAGAAGCUGCAGAGAGAACUGGACGAGCAGAUUGAGGCCAACGAGCAGUUUCAUGGCCAAUUGAGCACACUGCGGAACGAGAUGAGGCGUAAGAAAUCACCUCCUCUGAUUAAGGUUGUGGAGGACGACGUGAACAACGUUGAUGACUUUGGAUCUGAUUGACUGACGUGUGAUAAAAACAAAAUGCUGUCCAACAGUCAUUUCUGGACUUUAUUAAGUGACGUUGGACUUAACUGUGAGGAAUCCUUGAUAUCAUAAUUCAACAUAAUUCCAUUAACAACUCAGGUGCGUUUUCAUAAUGUUUCCAGUUGUGAAUAGCAUGUCACCUUGCCAAGGCUGACUUCUUGUGGCAACAUGUAUAACUACAAUAUCUGACAAACUGAUGUUUUACAAUGCAACAGAGAAACUCGCUUAUUUACCUUUACUCACAUUGAUUGAUUUGUUCCCUAAGUUAUUCCUUUUGCGGUGUGAGUUAAUUCAAAUCUUAAAAUAAUGAAUAAAUGUAUUGCAAUGCGUUUCCAACAUUCCCUCAUGUUUAUACACCUCCAGAAACUCUUGAAAUAAAUCCAUCUGUAUGAUGUUUGUCUGUGACUACCA